CUUUCCCUGCAAGACAUACGUACACCAGAAAAGCUCAAAGAAAAUUACCUCAAUCAAAUGGCUUCAACUCUCCGAUUAUCUUCUUCUUCCAUGAAAAUCAAUGCUGCUAUUCAUGUCCCAAAGAUUCCAAAACUGGUCCCUUAUUUCUCUGUUCCAAAAAUACCAACAAGAAAGCUGCAGGUCCAGGAAUUGAAUAUAAGGGACGCGUUCAUAAAGAUAGCCCCGGUAGAAAAGAUCGACGUCAUCACUACCGCACCAAUCGAUGAUAAAUUACCCAACUCCAACACCAUUGCUACUACCCAACUCUAUGCCAUCUUAGAGGCCGUGUCUGACAGGGUGGAGAUGCACGCUAACAUUGGAAAACAGCGUGAGAACUGGAAUACCCUUCUUCUCAACUCCAUCAACAUGAUUACUCUCACUGCUGCCACCAUGGCUGGUGCUGCAGCCAUUGCUGGCGCCGGAAUGCCCCUUUUGGCUCUUAAAUUAUCGUCCACUCUCUUGUAUUCUGCAGCCACGGGGAUGUUGCUUGUGAUGAACAAAAUUCAGCCUUCACAACUUGCAGAGGAACAACGUAAUGCUACGAGAUUGUUCAAGCAGAUCCAGAGCCAAAUUCAAACUAUGCUGGCUCUCGGGACUCCAACUCAAGAAGAUGUGAAGGACGUGAUGGAAAAGGUCUUGGCCCUCGACAGAGCCUACCCACUUCCCUUGCUUGGAGCAAUGCUUGACAAGUUCCCUGCAAAGUACGAGCCUGCUGUUUGGUGGCCUUCAAAAAACCUCCAGAAGAAAAACAAGUCACGUGAAGGAAAUCAUGUACAGCAAGAGAAGAAUGGGUGGAGUGAGGAACUGGAAGGAGAAAUGCGAGAGAUCGUUGAGGUGGUGAAGAGAAAGGACAUUGAGGACUAUGAAAGGCUGGGCAACCUGGUGUUGAAGAUCAACAAGGUUUUAGCCAUCGCAGGACCAUUACUCACAGGCAUUGCAGCCGUUGGGUCUGCUUUUGUUGGUAACGGAUCAUGGGCUGCAAUAGUAGCGGUGGCUGCGGGUGCUUUAGGCAGCGCGGUUAAUGCAUUCGAGCAUGGUGGCCAAAUUGGUAUGGUGUUUGAGAUGUAUAGAAACUGCGGUGGCUUCUUUCGGCUACUUCAAGAAUCAAUAGAAGCCACACUUGAGGAAAGAGAUAUGGAGAAAAGAGAAAACGGGGAGUUGUUUGAAAUGAAGGUGGCUUUGAAACUGGGGAGAAGUUUGUCACAGCUCAAACAACUUGCCAAAAAGUCAGCUUCUUCCCGUAUGAAUGGAACUACCCUAGAUGAAUUCGGUAGCAAGCUUUUUUAGUUUAAGAACGAAUCCGUGUAUAGCUGUUUUUUUAUUCUUUGAUUAUCUGUGCAACCAAUUCUUUGUACAAUCUCUAUAACAUAAGGAAAAUGCUAAUUCUAAUCAAAUUUUAUCUCAGCUAUAUCUGCAAAGGA